AUGACACCUCUGGCUGGAUCCUACCAGAAGGCAGACAGCAACGUGGAGCCAAAAGACGGGAACAUGGUGCCCGGAGUUCAGGAAAGUGGACUCACUGACGCAAAGCGGACCCCCAAGGUCUGCGGACGCCGAAGACCCCGCCCCACCCGCCCCGCCUCGCCGGUCUCCAACUUCGGGCAGCCUCGGGGGCCAGGCCGCCCCUUCCCGGAGCGUGACAGGGCCGGGCCAAGUUCCCCGCCCGGCGCGGCCGCCGAGGGGACCGGCAGGAAGGGCGCCGCUGACCUCACCGCCCUGAGCCCGGGGAGGGGACGGGGACGGCGGGACAGGAACCCAGACGGGUGGGUGUACAGCCAGGGCGGAGGGCGCGGGGCUGCGGCCGGGGCUGCGCUGUGGCGACGGGACCCCCGGCCCCGCGCCCCUGGCCCGCGCCCCAGCCCCGCGGCGGACCCGGCGGCAGAGCAGGCGCUGCGCUCACCUGGACGCACACGCCGUUCCCGGCGUUUCCAGAACCUCCCGCGGCGGCGCCCGGCCCGCUCGGCGCCGCCUCCGCCCGCGGCUCCGCCUCCCGCCGCGGCCGGCCCCGCCCGCUUGAGCCGCCGCCACGUCCCCACCUCCCGCCCCCGAGCCGGCCCGGCCCCUGGCUCCGAGCCGGGAGAGCCUCGGACGAGGGUCGCCACCGCCUGCGACCCCGCGGGCAGGCGCGGGCAGGCGCGGGCAGGCUCGGGCCGCCAGGGCGCGCGGGAGCGGGGCGCGGGCCCCCGAGCCAGGCGGGAGCCCGGGGCCGGGCGGGAGCCCGCCGCGCGCCCUUCAUGUCGCCCGCCGCCCGCCGCACGUACGCCGCGCCCGCCACCCUUCGCCCGGCUCCCACCUGUGGGCUUCGCCCCGCCCUCCGUCCCAGCCCCCGGCGGCUGCAGAAGGGCCCCAGACCUGACCCCGGCCUUCGUGCUGUACGGGGAGCGGCCCUGGGGGUCCUUUGCAGAGGUUAAACUGGCCUGGCACAGCCUCACUGGGACCAAGGUGGCCCUCAAAAGCCUUAGCCAGUGGGACUCAACUAGAGAGUUUGAGGAAAUGAAAUCUCUUAAGACCUUACAUCAUCCGAAUGUCAUUGCACUGUUUGAAGUGAUCACCACCCGGGACAAACAUAUACUUUUCAUGGAACACGCCAGCGGAGGUGACCUCUACAAUCACCUGGAGGAAUGCGGCCACAAAACUGAGCACGAAGCCAGGUCCAUGUUCAGGCAAAUGAUUUCAGCCCUUCACCACUGUCAUCGCAAAAACAUCAUUCAUCGUGAUCUGAAGCCAGAAAACAUCCUUCUAGACGAGGACCUCAAUGUAAAGGUGGCAGACUUCAGUUUCAGCAGAGACUUUACCAAUUACAAACUGACAACUGUCUGUGGCACCUUCGCCUACAUGGCGCUGGAGAUUUUAGAGUGUCAGGUGUACAAUGGCCCAAAGGCGGAUGUCUGGAGCCUGGGGGUCAUCCUUUACCGCAUGCUGACGGGGGAUGAGCUGUUUGUGGAGGACAGCAAGGUGACCAAAAUAAUGAAGGGCAUGGGCUUUAAGGAGCAAGAAAUCCAGGAGUCAUUGACACAGAAUAAAUAUGACAGGGUCAUGGGAACGUACCUGAUCCUCAGGAGGAAGACAACCAAGAUGCAGGGCCGCACCAUAAAGCCUGGACUCAAGCUCUAG